AUUGUCUUGCGGAAAUGAAGGCUUAAGGACAAGUUAUCGACCAGAUUGGAAGAUGGGAUCGAACAGCAGCAGAAUCGGUGAUCUUCCUAAAAACGAGUACUUAAAAAAGUUAUCGGGCACGGAAUCCGUCUCUGAGAAUGACCCGUUCUGGAAUCAGCUCCUCUCGUUUUCUUUCCCUGCACCGACCAGCAGCACCGAGCUGAAGCUCUUGGAGGAAGCAACUGUUUCAGUCUGCAGGUCUUUAGUUGUAAACAAUCCUCGAACAGGAAACCUUGGUGCGCUAAUUAAGGUCUUCCUUUCUAGAACCAAAGAACUAAAACUUUCGGCAGAAUGUCAGAACCACAUCUUCAUUUGGCAGACACACAACGCUUUGUUUAUUAUUUGCUGUCUGCUGAAGGUGUUCAUCUGUGAGAUGUCAGAGGAGGAAUUGCAACUUCAUUUCACGUACGAAGAAAAAUCUCCCGGCAGUUACAGUUCUGACGCUGAAGAUCUUUUGGAAGAAUUGCUCUGUUGUUUGAUGCAGUUAAUCACUGAUAUUCCACUCUUAGAUAUUACAUAUGAAAUCUCAGUAGAAGCUGUAUCAACAAUGGUGGUUUUCCUUUCUUGCCAACUCUUCCACAAGGAGGUUUUGCGACAGAGCAUCAGUCACAAGUAUUUGAUGCGAGGUCGAUGUCUUCCAUACACCAGCAAACUUGUGAAAACCCUAUUGUAUAACUUUAUCAGACAAGAGAAGCCGCCCCCUCCAGGAGCACACGUUCUCCCACAGCAAUCCGAUGGGGGCGGACUGCUGUAUGGACUCGCAUCCGGAGUAGCAACUGGCCUCUGGACGGUCUUCACACUGGGCGGCGUGGGCAGCAAAGCAGCUGCCACUCCAGAACUUUCUUCUCCUCUGGCCAACCAGAGUCUCCUGCUUCUGCUGGUGCUGGCCAACCUGACCGACGCUGCAGAUACGCCAAACCCCUACAGACAGGCCAUUAUGUCCUUUAAGAAUACGCAAGAUAGCAGUCCUUUCCCCUCAUCAAUUCCACACGCUUUCCAGAUUAACUUCAACAGUUUGUACACAGCUCUGUGUGAACAGCAGACGUCCGACCAAGCAACUCUCCUCUUGUACACAUUGCUGCAUCAGAAUAGUAACGUUAGAACAUACAUGUUGGCUCGCACAGACAUGGAAAAUCUUGUUUUACCAAUUCUUGAGAUUCUGUAUCACGUUGAAGAAAGAAAUUCACACCAUGUGUACAUGGCCCUUAUAAUAUUACUGAUCCUUACAGAAGAUGAUGGCUUUAAUAGAUCCAUUCACGAAGUGAUAUUAAAAAAUAUCACUUGGUAUUCAGAACGGGUUUUAACUGAAAUUUCACUGGGGAGUCUCCUGAUACUGGUCGUAAUAAGAACCAUCCAGUACAACAUGACAAGGACAAGAGACAAGUACCUUCACACCAACUGUCUGGCCGCCUUGGCAAAUAUGUCGGCACAGUUUCGUUCCCUCCACCAGUACGCUGCCCAGAGGAUCAUCAGUUUGUUUUCCUUGCUGUCUAAAAAACACAACAAAGUUCUGGAACAAGCCACACAGUCCUUGAGAGGUUCACUGAGUUCCAAUGAUGUUCCUCUACCAGAUUACGCACAAGACCUAAAUGUCAUUGAAGAAGUGAUUCGAAUGAUGUUAGAGAUCAUCAAUUCCUGCCUGACAAAUUCUCUUCACCACAAUCCAAACUUGGUGUACGCACUGCUUUACAAGCGAGAUCUCUUUGAACAGUUUCGAACUCAUCCUUCAUUUCAGGAUAUAAUGCAAAAUAUCGAUCUGGUGAUCACCUUCUUCAGCUCAAGGUUGCUGCAAGCGGGAGCCGAGCUCUCCGUGGAACGGGUCCUGGAAAUCAUCAAGCAGGGGGCCGUCGCACUGCCCAAAGACAGGCUGAAGGAUUAUGGUUAAAGAGAGAUUAAUUAAUCUGUAGGAGGUCCCAAGCCAUUUAACUCUUAUUUAGAGCAAGAUCCUAUGGAGACCAAGAUCAUGGAUAAAUCCCUUAGAUGCCGGUUCACUUUUUUCCGAAACAUAGCAAGAAAGUGUACUCCUGACUCCAGAUUUCCAUCUCGCUCUGUGGUUGCAAGAGGGACCGAUGAGGGAAGAGGGAUGAUUUAGUUUAAAAAAAAAAAAAAAAAAGACAAGAAAGCAAGCCAUCCCCAGUACUAGAAAAGAAACUAAAGUUAUAUUUAUUCACAGAUGGUGAGUCAUCCUCAGUUGGUUUAAAUGAUAGCACAUUAUUACCACAGAUGUUACCAGAAAAAAAGGCUGUUUAUCUUUAUAAUCAAGCCUUAUCUCAAUUAUUUUAAUCAUCUUUUUGGAUUGAGUGUUUAUAAUAAAACGAAUCACUUAAAACCUCUAGAGUUUAAUUCAUAGAACACUGCUGUAUCUAGAGUUGAUUGAAAAUUCAAGCUGUGUGUUGAAUAAUAUUUGUAUUAUACCACAUGACAGCACAUUAUUGCCUUUUGGCUGGUUUACUACUAUAUACUGAUAAAAUAAUUGUCGGGCCUGUAAUAAUAGCUUUGUGUGCAAGAUUGAUGUAAAAGAGGUUGUUUUAAAUUGGAAAUGCUGUUGUAAUAAGGUCUUUCUGAAAGUGUGGGAUAGUGUGCAGUUAUUGAUUUGUUCUUUUCCUAAAAUAUAAAUUAAACAUCAAGAAAAUUCGGAGUUCUUUCCAACGACCCUUUGGGUUGUUAAGAGGAACACAAGGCUCCUUGCUCCUGAGAAAUAAUCAGCUAGUGUCAGCUGAAGAUGAGCCAAAAGGUUUUGAAGUUUUCCUUGCAUUAUAGGACUGAAGCCAAAUUUGUAGAGGAGUUAUUCUUCCAAUUUUGGGCAAGUAAACAUUAAGAUCUGGAAGCCCAUGGCAUAGUAAUUGACUUUCAACCAAAUAAAAUAUUUUUCAAUCAAAUGUUAUUUGA